GGUUACAGUUGUUGUUAUAUCGUCGUCGUAUGGCCGUGUAUCGUCCUGGCCUCGGUCGGGAGGCUCCUCGUGAUGCUCAGCAAAACGCUAUCGACAUCGUUGCUGGUCUCACACCAGCGGCCAACAGGAUUGGACUCAAACAGGUUUUCCAGAAAUACGGCGAUAUAACAGUGUGUUGGUUACCCCCCGUAGACAAGCGCAACGAGAUGGCUGCUUAUAUUCGCUACGAGAAUUCUGACUGUGCUAAGGCUGCACUAGCCGCAUGCGACAGCGGGGAAGUGGUCCUGAAUGGUAUACCCCUGAAGGCUGAGUACCGCUCCCGUGGGGCUUCCAGUGCGAGUUCGGCCUAUGCAGCGAGGGAACGAGGCGGAUAUAACAGGAGUGGAAAACGGAGGAGUUAUGGAGCACUGUCGAGUCGCAGUAGGAGCAGGGAACGUCGAAGGGCGAAAUAUGGGUACAGCUCGUCAUCGUCCUCAUCCCGUUCCCGCUCACGGUCCUACUCGGGUGAUAGGAGAAGCCGCAGUUAUGACAGUCGUGAUGGAAGCCGCAGUCGCCGACACCGUGGUGGCGAUCGUAGGAGUAGAAGUCGAUCGAAUUCGAGAGACCGCAGUAGAAGGGAAGACAGGUGAUCAUGACCUGGGGGGCACUUGGAAUCCACAGUAGGGCUAGAUAGAUCUAGUAGUGAGAACCGGUGGCUAGUUGGAAUAGGUACGGGACACAGGUACCUUAUAAUGGGUUACUAGAUGCAGUGUUUCACCACUAGGUAAAUGACUGUUGUUAACACCCUAGGCGUUCGUCGGACUACUACAGAAGGCGUUCUGAUUCCCGUCAAGAUCGGCGUUACUCGCCAUAUGAGCGCUAUGGCCGCAGCGGUGGAGGAGGAGCCCGAGAGAGUAGAGAUGGAGGAGACCGACGAUGAAAAGAUAUGAAGUAGAGGAAG